CUUUGCUUAAUUUACCCGCAUUACAGCCAAAGUCACACAUACAUUGGCCCAACGUGUCAUGCAGGCUUAAUGAUUUUCGUUCACUAUGUGCUUCGCCACAGUCCGACUGUCAGUCAGUGCUGCCAACUUAGCCAUUUUUGGACAAGAAGCCCAUUUUUGGUGGCUUAACCUUUUUUAACGCUUUAGUCCCAAAGGAGGAAUCGAGCCCAAUUUUGCAAUUUCUCAACUUUCUGGGGUGUUUAUCAGCAGUAUCGAUUCACAUGAUUCGAUUCAAGCCGCAUAUUCAUUUAUUAUAAAGUGUUUAAAAUAAAAGGUGUAUAAAAUAAAGUAAAGGACACUUGAAACAGGGCCGAUUGUGAUAUUUUAUAAUCAUGGCUUCGCAACGUCCGUCCGCCUCUUCGCAGGACGAUACUCAGCGUUCAAGACAUUCAUAUGAGAGCCGCGACAGAUAUAUUCUCAUGAAAAACUUACUCAGUGAUACAAAUAACAUUGAAAAUAAGACGAUUAAUCCGAUGGAGAUGAUUGAGAUGACAAAAGAGAUCGUCAGAGAAGCGAAUAUGUUGUUUUCAAACGGCAGCUUAGAGGAGAGGGCACAGCAUCCGUCGGAGAAUUUCUUAGAUUCGCAAUUGAUGAGAGCCUCCAGUGAUGUGAUCGUUCGUUGCUCGCAAGCGAUUAGCACUAACUUGAACAAGUACGACAAGCACGAACUGGCUGACCACAUUAAACGCUUCGACGAUUUUUGGAAUUUUGCGUUCCCGCUAGAGGCGCCGCCGGUCGCCUACCUGUACGGCACGUUCGCGCCCACGCCGCUGCCGCCGCGCACGCGCGCGCGCCGCGCGCACACGCAGCGCCAGCAGGCCGCGCCGCCCAAAGUACCCAAGAAGCCGGACAUCGUCGCCACACAAGAGGAAGAGACCCCGGACUUUGCGGAGAAAAUGUACCGAUCCCUGAAGAAGAUAUGCAAGGACGGUCCCGUCAGCUACUUCCACGUGGUCCUGGACCCGACCAGCUUCAGUCACACCGUGGAGAAUAUCUAUCAUUUAUCGUUUCUGGCGCGGGACGGCAGACUCUCCGUCUAUUUGGAUGAGGCAGCGGGCGUGCCCUUAGUCAACACAGUGUCCCACCACAAGCGUCGACGUUCAGAGAACUCCUCGGAGAAGCAGUUCAUAGUGUCGCUGGACAAGGAGCGUUGGAGGGAUUUAGUAGAAGCAUUCAACGUGAUGGAACCUUUGUUAAAGUUUGAGUGAUAUUUACAUUAUAUAUAUACAUAUAUAAAAGAGUAUGUACAUACGUUUUAUGUGAAAUAAGUUUAAUUUUAAAUAAAUGUCUUCAUUAUAUUC